UGCAUCAGUUUACAUUCCCACUAACAGUGUUGGAGAGUUCCCUUUUCUCCAAACUCUCCAGCAUUUGUUGUUUGUGGACUUUUUAAUGAUCUGGUUGCUUUUUAAACCUGCUUCCUCUUGCUUCACCUUUUAUGGAAGUAGAAAAAGCUCAACAAAUUCUUUUAAGAUUUCUCCAACCCAAAAGAUGGCCAAGGCCUUACUGAGAUGUCAGCUCUUGACCUGGCAAGCUCCCCGUCCUUGGCCACCUCAUUUCGGAGCUUCCUUUAGCCCCCACUUUCCUUGUGCCCCACUCACCACCCUGUUGUCCUUCAAGGACCAGCCUGGUCAGGUGAUCGGUGGGAUCUUUUCCUCCCAGAAAUUUGUGGGGGGCAUUGGGAGAGGGAGUGUUGAACACAUCUCCCAUGUGUCCUGUCCUUUGGUACCUGCCCUGUGGCCUCCCUGGGCCUUUCCCCCACGUUUUCCUCUGCUGAUUCCAUGGCUGAGAAAACAGUGGUGGGUGAAGUUUGAGAUCAAUGAGGGCUGAUGGGGGUUACAAAGUGUGCUUAUGUUGUUAACAUUCGUCUGAGGCCCCCUUCAUGUGUUUCCCUUGGAGGUGUUCUCAUGACGGCAGGUUCACUGUCUGUCCCAGGCUCACGGGUUGUCCCCUGUGAUGGGUCCUGGGCUGCGGGGGUCGUCUCCUCUGGCUGCUGUUGAGUGGACUCAGUGUCAUGGUGACUUAGGCGGGGGUCAAGUGAGCAGGAGGGGUGAAAGCUCUGCCCUUUCUGCCUGCCUUGCCAGAAAGAUGGUCCAGCUUCUCUGAAAUAAGAUUUUAGUUACGAACAUCCCUUCUUUGACCCCAAGACAAACUCACAGUAGUGAUUUCCCUGGAACCCCUGGAGUGAGUGUCCUUGGUUACAAAGAGGACAAAUGGUGGAAGGCAGGCCCUGCUGGGAGGCUCCAGAAACACAGCGAGAACCAAGAGGGCCCUGGGCAGUGGCCUUCACCUGCUUCCUUGAGCGGCACUGUGCCCUCUCCCUGGGCCGUGCAGUGAAUUCAGAUCAGUGGGAGCUGGGGAAAGCACAGCCAGGGCGCCCAGCCAGAUUUGCAUGCAAAUAUGACGUCAGCAGUGGAAAAGCAACAGGCCGGUGUGAAAAGCGAAAGUACUUUGGUACAAAUGGAGCAAAGACAAAAGCGGCCCUCCUGUGUCUACUUCUGAGAUGCCCUGUGACCCCGGGCCAGCCCCUCUGCAGAAAGACGGGUGCCUGAGCCCCCCUCCGUGACCCUCGCCAGGGUUUACAGCAGGGCGGGGGAGCAGCGUCUUCUAGUGUCUUGGAUGAAUACCUUUCUCUCGUGGCCAGGCUCAUUAUCCAUUUUCGAGACAUCCAUAACAAGAAAUCACAAGCUUCUGUCAGUGACCCUAUGAAUGCGCUGCAGAGCCUGACUGGCGGGCCCGCCGCGGGAGCAGCCGGCAUUGGCCUACCUGCUCGGGGCCCCGGCCAGCCCCUGGGCGGGAUGGGCGGCCUGGGGGCCAUGGGGCAGCCGAUGCCACUCUCGGGGCAGCCACCUCCUGGCACCUCGGGGAUGGCCCCCCAUGGCAUGGCCGUCGUGUCCACGGCCGCUCCGCAGACCCAGCUGCAGCUCCAGCAGGUGGCGCUGCAGCAGCAGCAGCAGCAGUUCCAGGCACAGCAGCAGGCGGCGCUGCAGCAGCAGCAGCAGCAGCAGUUCCAGGUGCAGCAGAGUGCCAUGCAGCAGCAGUUUCAGGCUGUGGUGCAGCAGCAGCAGCUCCAGCAGCAGCAGCAGCAGCAGCAUCUGAUCAAGUUGCAUCAUCAGAACCAGCAGCAGAUGCAGCAGCAGCAGCAGCAACAACUACAACGGAUGGCACAGCUGCAGCUGCAGCAACAGCAACAGCAGCAGCAGCAGCAGCAGCAGGCUUUGCAGGCCCAGCCGCCAAUACAGCAGCCCCCAAUGCAGCAGCCACAGCCUCCCCCCUCACAGGCCCUGCCCCAGCAGCUGCAGCAGCUGCAUCACCCGCAGCACCACCAGCCACCACCACAGCCCCAGCCGCCAGUGGCCCAGAACCAGCCAUCGCAGCUCCCGCCUCAGUCACAGACACAGCCUUUGGUGUCGCAGGCUCCGGCCCUCCCCGGACAGAUGCUGUAUGCCCAGCCGCAGCUGAAACUCGUCCGGGCUCCGAUGGUGGUGCAGCAGCCGCAGGUGCAGCCCCAGGUGCCGCAGGUGCAGCCCCAGGUGCCACCGCAGACAGCAGUGCCGACGGCUCAGGCCUCCCAGAUAGUGGGUCCCGGAGUCCAGGUCAGCCAGAGUGGCCUCACCAUGCUGUCGUCACCGUCGCCGGGCCAGCAGGUGCAGACCCCGCAGUCGAUGCCCCCUCCCCCCCAGCCGUCCCCGCAGCCCGGCCCACCCAGCUCACAGCCCAACUCCAACGUCAGCUCCGGCCCUGCCCCGUCCCCCAGCAGCUUCCUGCCCAGCCCUUCGCCGCAGCCCUCCCAGAGUCCGGUGACGGCGCGCACCCCGCAGAACUUCAGCGUCCCCUCCCCAGGACCUUUGAACACGCCUGUGAACCCCAGCUCCGUCAUGAGCCCCGCGGGCUCGAGCCAGGCCGAGGAGCAGCAGUACCUGGACAAGCUGAAGCAGCUGUCCAAGUACAUCGAGCCCCUGCGCCGUAUGAUCAACAAGAUCGACAAGAACGAAGACAGAAAAAAGGACCUGAGUAAGAUGAAGAGCCUUCUGGACAUACUGACAGACCCCUCCAAGCGGUGCCCUCUGAAAACGCUGCAGAAGUGUGAGAUCGCCCUGGAGAAACUCAAGAAUGACAUGGCAGUGCCCACGCCCCCACCUCCCCCGGUGCCGCCAACCAAGCAGCAGUACCUGUGCCAGCCACUCCUGGAUGCCGUCCUGGCCAAUAUUCGCUCACCUGUCUUCAACCAUUCCCUGUACCGCACGUUCGUGCCUGCCAUGACGGCCAUACAUGGCCCCCCCAUCACGGCCCCGGUGGUUUGCACCCGGAAGCGUAGGUUUGAAGAGGACGAACGGCAGAGCAUCCCCAAUGUGCUCCAGGGGGAGGUGGCCCGGCUAGACCCCAAGUUCCUGGUGAACUUGGACCCUUCUCACUGCAGUAACAACGGCACCGUCCACCUGAUAUGCAAGCUGGAUGACAAGGACCUCCCCAGCGUGCCACCGCUGGAGCUCAGCGUGCCUGCCGACUACCCUGCCCAGAGCCCACUGUGGAUCGACCGGCAGUGGCAGUACGACGCCAACCCUUUCCUGCAGUCGGUGCACCGGUGCAUGACCUCGCGGCUGCUGCAGCUCCCUGACAAGCACUCGGUCACGGCCCUGCUCAACACCUGGGCCCAGAGCAUCCACCAGGCCUGCCUCUCAGCCGCCUAGCCGCCACCGCCACUGCAUCUCCGGCUGCCUGCCCUCCAGGGACCGUGGGGCAGCCGGCAGCCUCGUCGGGGCCCUGUGUCGGACAUUUCUAGAUGCUGGCUUCCUUAGAGAGCUUGGGCUUAGGUUAACUUUCCUGCUUUUAUCUUCUGCCUUGGGGACCUGCCAAACAUUUCCCACACUUGGACGGGACUGGGACAGGCAGCUGGCUGCUUCCUCCAGGAGCCAGGCAUGCCCCCGGCCCUGUGCUCCUCAGGCUACUAUCCCCGCAGCCUCUGCAGGGCCCGUGUCCUUCCUCGGGAACUCAGGGUCCUGUGUGAGCCUCUUGCGUGUGCGCCAGAAAGCUCUUCUACCGUUUCCACAGGGGAACGUGCAGGACAUAGGAAACCCUUAAAACAUGCAGAAUUCCUUGAUCACGGUUUUGGGUUGAGAUCGUGCCACCGUUGGCAUGUGGGGCACGCCACAGGGAAGCUCCAGGAUCCGGGGGCGCUGACUGCAGCUCGAGGGAAGGUCUGUUUAUGGCUGUGGGUCCCCGGCCACCGGCCGGGCCUCAUACCUCAUGAUCCUUCUCAUUCUAGCCCUGGGAGUCUGCUCAGCACUGUGGAGGCACCCGGGAGCAGGGGUGUCUGGGUGGAUCUUGUUCCUGGCGCCGUGCCCACUGGUUAGGCACUUAGGCCCACUCGGGUUAGGAUGUUGUCCUUGGGACCCAGCGUCUUAAGAACCCUCCAGACAGUUGAGGGCUCCUGACGGGGUGCCAGCCGGCCCUCUGGCGAUGAGAGGUUCCCCCCUUUUGUAUGUGCAUUACCGUGUCUUCUGUGGUUCUUAUAAUAAAUUUAUUAUUCCUGUGUU